GGCCCAAAAUCAAUCUUCAGAAAUACGUGUCCGCCGCCUCGGAGCAUGACCAAGCGCCGCCUCUGAAGCUCGUCCAGAACCUACGUUUUCAUCUUAUUUCUACACCAACAUCAAAUUUCCCUCUUUAUCUGUAUCUUUUUUUUAACAAUGGUUAAUCAAUAUUGCAAAAGCUUCAUACACCAUCUUUAUAAUAGCAACAUUUUGAUUACAAGGCAGAAGAAACUUUAUGGUAGAUGUAUGAAUGGUGUACUUAACAGGUUUCAAUCACAAUGGUCAAAACCAGAAGGAUUAAAAGAAGUAAUUAAAGAAAAAGAGGCAAAAGAUAUGGCUGAAAUUGAGACCAGUUCCAGGUUUUUCAAGUAUAGUUCUGGUGAUGAAGAUUAUGUUGGUGAUACCAAGUGGAAACUAGAGCUUGCUUGGCUCACAAAGGCUCUUGAACCAGCUCUGCAAUUGUGUAGGUGGGCUCUGCCAAUAGGAAAUGAAGUAAGGGAUAAUAAGCCUCAAUACGCUGCUCGAUCGGUCUCGGAAAUCAUAUCUAGCAUUCAAAAGAGUAAGACUGUCAUUGAAGGUUGGAGCUUAAGUGAUCUUACUAUAGGCCUAUAUCUUAUUUACCUUCGACAGGCGUCUUUGAAUCCAUUUGAGGAUGUUAAGGGUGUGAAGAUCAAGUCAGUUUCGAUCGUUCAGGAUCUGAUAUACCACAUUGAAUUAGCCAAAGGAUGUUAUAAGGAUAAUGCCGCCAUCCUUGCAAGGACUAGCAUGCUUAGAGAAAGCAAUGUUUUGAAAUUUGUAAAGAAUUCUAGUGUGAUGAGACCUGGAUAUUAUAUAGGAAUUGAUCCUCGAAAGAAACUUGUGAUAUUCGGAAUCCGUGGAACUCAUACUGUGUAUGACCUUAUUACUGAUAUUGUUACGUCAAGUGAUGGACAGGUUACAUUUGAAGGCUAUUCAACUCACUUUGGCACAGCUGAAGCUGCUCGAUGGUUUCUUCACCAUGAAAUAGGAACGAUAAGGCAGUGCUUGGAGAAAUAUGAGGGAUUUAGGUUAAGGCUAGUGGGGCAUUCUCUCGGAGCUGCGACAGCUUCUUUACUGGCAAUAAUGCUUCGUAAAAGGUCAAAAAAGGAGCUGGGGUUUAGCCCCGAUGUUGUAUCUGCUGUUGGAUACGCGACUCCUCCUUGUGUUUCCAAAGAACUUGCCGAAACUUGCUCCGAUUUUGUUACAACCAUUGUAAUGCAGGAUGACAUCGUGCCUAGACUAAGCGCGGCAUCUCUAGCACGGCUGAGGAAUGAAAUUCUUGAAACAGACUGGAUGAGUGUGGUGGAGAAAGCAGACUGGAAAAGUAUAGUAGAUUUAGUUACAAAUGCGAAACUGGUCAUGUCAUCCGUACAAGACGUAGCUAGGAAACUUGCUGAUUAUGCACAUUUCAAGAGUGCGAAAGAAUCUUCGGACGUAGCCAUAAAAACCGAACCAACGUCUGUUCCUAAGAAAGUCACUGCACUUCAAAAAGAAGAAGGUGCCUAUACAAUGCCGGAGGAGUUAUUUGUUCCCGGAACAGUCUACUAUUUAAAGAGGAACAUUGAUGAUCACACCGGAAGCAAUGAUAACAGGGGCCAAGAAUAUUUCAGUCUUUGGAGGAGACAUCCAGGCGAGCAUUUCCAGAAGAUAAUACUCUCAAGCAACUUAAUAUCGGAUCAUCGGUGCGAUAGCCAUUAUUUCGCGUUACGAGAUGUGCUAAAAGGUUUGCCUAUGUCCCAUGAAGAAGACCUUUUCAGAUAAGAAGACCCUUGAAAGCUUUAAACGUCAUUUACAUCAUACAAGUUGUCAAAAUAAAUGUAUGUUUGUAAACCAGAUAGGCUCAUAUAAAGACAGUUUUGAGCAACCUUUUAGGGAAGAAGAAGGUAUUGGUGAUGAGCAAUUUUAUACAAAUGAAAAAUAUAUAAACCACGCGUCAAAAUUUUAAUAUAAAAUAA